GCAACCAAGAGCCGUUCAACACGACCCCCCACUCUCAAGUCGAAUUCAUGAAUUCAUGGCCUGAACAACACACACCAUGGCGAGGUCCGCGCUGCUCUCACGCCGAUUUCUGGGCUGCCGGCCAUACAUCCGCACGGCGCGCACCUUUGCGACGGCAUCUGACCCGCAGCGCCCCUCGUCCUACAACCGCGUGAAGCUCGUCGAAGUCGGGCCCCGCGAUGGCCUCCAGAACGAGAAGAAGACCAUUCCCCUUGCGACGAAGCUCGAGCUCAUUGAGCGCCUGUCAAAGACCGGGCUGACCACAAUCGAGGCCGGCUCGUUUGUCUCGCCGAAAUGGGUGCCCCAGAUGGACAACUCCUCCGAAAUCCUCCAACACCUCCUGCAACAGCCCCUCCCCGACCAAAAGCGGGCCCUGACCUUCUCCUUCCUCGCGCCGAACCUCAAGGGGCUGACCAGCGCCUUCACCGUGCUGGCCCAGCACCCCGACCGCUUCGCCACCGAGAACGACCCGCCCACGACGGACAAGCCGGCGCUCGAAAUCGCCGUCUUCGCCGCCGCCACCGAGUCCUUCUCGCGCCGGAACCUCAACUGCGACAUCGCCACCUCGCUGGGCCGCUUCCGCGAGGUCAUCCAGGCCGCCAAGGACACCCAUUCGCUGCGCGUGCGCGCCUACAUCAGCGUCGUCCUGGGGUGCCCCUUCGAAGGGUACGACGUGGACCCGCACCGUGUGGCGCAGAUCGCGACCGAGCUGCUGGAGAUGGGCGCCGACGAGAUUGCCUUGGGGGACACCACCGGCAUGGGCACGGCGCCCAGGACGAAGGAGUUGCUGAAUUGCUUGAGCGCGGCGGGCGUGAGGACCGAGGAUGUGGCGAUGCAUUUCCAUGAUACCUACGGCCAGGCGCUGGUGAAUACCGCCGUCGCGCUUGAGCAUGGCAUCAGGACGUUUGAUUGUUCGGUUGGCGGGCUGGGCGGGUGUCCGUACUCGCCCGGCGCGACGGGGAAUGUGGCCACGGAGGAUAUGGUGUAUUUCAUGGAGACGCUGGGCAUGGAUACCGGGGUGGAUCUGGAUGCGGUGGUGGAUGUUGGGGAGUGGAUUACGAGGGAGAUUGGGAAGGUGAAUGCUAGUACGGUUGGCAAGGCCGUGCUGGGGGCUAGGAAGAGGGCUGAGGCCGAUGCCCAGCAGGGGAAGGCGUAGAGAGAGCGUGUGUUUUUGUAGCGUACCGUACGUAACAUGCUGUGGUCGAGUAUAUACUACUACUACUACUACCUUACGUAAGUGACUUAUGAUAACUGCUCAACCGUCGCG